AAUCUCAAAACGCAUCCUCAUUCAUCCGAUGUUCUGGAGAAUUCUGGGCUUUGUGUCAAGCAUAGUUGCAUUUACAUGCUUUGCCCAGAGCCCCUCUUUCUAUGACUCGUUUGGCAGGUGGAAUCUGUUCAAAAGCGCCAUCUAUAGCGUCAUUAGUUUGGGCCUAACCACCAUGAUGCUAUUUAUCAAGAAAUGCGAGAGAUUUACAAGAUCAGUUCUGGUCAAAGCACAGGUGGGUUUUCUGGUUUUGAUGCUCACGUCUCUCUGUUCCAUUUGGCAAGACCAAGUUGGCCAAAAGGAGAACGAGGAAACGGGAUCGCGUGGGAGAAUCCUAAACAUGUGUUCCUUUGGGGCAUUUGCGUUCAUGACACUGAGCUUCUCAAGACAGCUUCAGCUUGGUUUCGAAGUGGGUAUCUCCAACUUCUUAUUUGGGAGUUUCUUGGUGCUGCUGAUGAAGAAGAACUUCAAAUUUAUCCCACUUGCAGCAUUUUGUUGUUACGUGUUUAUACAUAUCCGGUCCUUCUCAGAUCUUUUCAAGGAAAUGCGUGGGCGAGUCCACACUAGUGACCCGGUACCUGAAGAUAUAGAGAGUGGUAACCAUGGCAUUGAGUUGCAAAGAACGAGUGUUUCAGAACAUUGUAUGCACAAAAAUCGGUUAAAAGAGCAUGCUGAAAGACGCCACAUUCCACUUCCCACUUAUCAAUCUGUGAAUGUUGGACUGGCCCAUCGCCCACAAUUUAGGUCAGCAGUGUCGAUUGAUGGAAAGAGCUAUAUUUCGGAAAAUCUUUUUCCCAAACUAAAGGCUGCUGAGCAAGAUGUAGCAAGACUUGCUUUAAAGCACAUAACAGAAGGGGUCAAAGAUGAAGGCCUUUCUCUGAUUCUCGAGAGACCAACUUCUUUCAAGUCUAUCUUAAAUCACUAUGCAAAGAAGAUGAACCUUGUAAUUCCUCCAUACGACACGGUUCAACAGGAAGGGGAUGCCGGGUAUUUAUCGUCUUUCAUUUUCAAUGGUAAGCGCCAUGCAGGUGAUCCAGCCAAAUACAAAAAGGACGCCGAGCAAUCCGCAGCUUGUGCUGCUGUUCUUUCAAAUCUGGAAAGCUUCCUUCUUUAAGCAAUUCCAGGUUUGAUGCUUCUUUCUGAGAUAAUGAAGUCAUAAUUCGAAUUCUGUAUCACCCAUAGCAAGACUCUAAACUUCAAAUGUGUCUGUGGAAGCAGUUCAACAACAGCAUAAUAGUUCAGAUUUGGAAAAGAAAAAACAGAGAAGAAGAAGGAGAAAGACUCUAAGGAGAAGUAUCGGAGAAAAGCUCGGUACUUUUAGGCUUCUUGAUACAUGAACUCUGUAUGUUACCAACUUUUUUCUUACAUGGACCCUAUGCUCUCAACUGGGUCUUCUGUAAAGAAAAGUAUUAAUAAAAAUAACAAGGAUUGCAAGAUGAGAGCAACUCAAGGAGGGCAUCGCAUAUUCCAUAUCAAAGGAUAAGACUAGUGUUUCAGAAGUUUGGAUUCAAACAGAUU